CAGUCCCAGCACCAGUCCCAUCCUCGACCAGUCCUGCCUGGGACGCAGUCCGCCGUUUAUCUCCACAGGAGGAAGAUAUGAGCGGUGUCACAGUGUGGGUGGAGGCUGACAUACCUCGUGAGGAGAUCCGAUCUUCUUCCCCGUGGUCGGAGGAGCGCUGCGACGAGUUGUGGGAUCGCGUGGAGGGAGUGCGACACAAGCUCACCCGCAUCCUCAACCCGGCCAAACUCACGCCGUACCUGCGCCAGUGCAAGGUCAUCGAUGAGCAGGAUGAAGAUGAAGUGCUCAACUCCACGCAGUACCCGCUACGCAUUAGCAAGGCCGGUCGUCUGCUGGACAUUCUCCGCGGUCAAGGCCAGCGAGGUCUUCAAGCCUUCAUGGAAUCACUGGAGUUUUACCAUCCACAACAGUACACGCAGCUGACCGGGGAACAGCCCACGCAGCGAUGCUCCCUCAUACUGGACGAAGAAGGCCCGGAGGGUUUGACGCAGUUUCUGUUGCUGGAGGUGCGUAAUCUGAGGGAACAGCUCCGAAACAGCCGGGUGUGCGAGCGCCGCCUGUCUCAGCGCUGCAGGAUGGCGGAGGAGGAGCGUGGUAGGGCUGAACGCAAAGCUCAAGAGUUACGUCACGGCAGGCUGCAGCUCGAAAGGCUGCGUCAGGACUGGGAGUCGGCCAGUCGGGAGCUGGGUAAGCUGAAGGACAGACACCUUGAGCAGGCUGUCAAGUACUCCAGAGCGCUGGAGGACCAGGGCAAAGCCACUAACCGAGAAAGGGAGCUGCUGAGACAGGUAGAGGAGCUUAGGUCCAGGCUGACCGUGACAGAGAGGCAAACAACUGACACUCCUGAGAUUACCAAGAAAAGAAAUGUUCUCUGCAGUGGCAUAAAUGGCUGUCCGCCUCCUCUACCAGAAAAGCCGCUGCAGUACACGGACGUUCAGAAAGAUGAGAGUACAGGAACCUCGGCUCUGAUGGAUAUCCUGCAGCAGGACAGAAUAGAGGCGGCAGAGCAGAGACAAGAGCUCUGCAAUAUCAUCACCAAACUACAGAGGGAGCUGCAGAGUGCAGAAGAGCACAGGGACAAGUUGGAGUCUCAGUGUGAGCAGCUCCAGCUGAAAGUGAGGACUCUCCAGCUGGACUGGGAGACAGAGCAGAAGAGGAGCGUGUCUUAUUUCAACCAAGUCAUGGAACUAGAAAAGGAGAGAGAUCAGGCUUUGCGUAGCCGAGACAGCCUGCAGUUGGAGUACACCGACUGUCUGCUGGAUAAGAACCGUCUCCGUAAACGCAUUGCAGAGCUGGAGGCCAACCUGGAGCAACAGCAGAGGGAGCUGGAACGAGAGCAGGAGAGGUGCCGGGAGCAACUGCAGCAGAGCGCCUGUCUGAACUGUUCCCACCUAUCACUGUGCUGUGAGGACCAGUGCUUUGGUCCUUGCUGCUCGGAGGACCUGGACCUGAGCCCCCAGCCCCACAGCACCCACCCAAUGCUCAGAAAGACAACCUCUAGAAGCCAAGCCAAUGAAAACUUAGAGGGUUCAUGUUCCACCUCAGAGGAGAAUCUCCUGUCGUCAACAAAAGAUGAUGAGAAGGAAAUAAAUCGCCUCUCCACCUUCCCUUUUCCUCCUUGUAUGAACUCCAUCCACCGACGGUUUAACACAGAGUUUGACUUGGACUCCUGGGGCAGCGAUGACAACAUUACAGUUGAGCAGAAUGAACCUUCUUUGUGUGAUUCCUGGACCUCUUUACAUUCUCAUCUCUUCCCUCCUGACCUGGUGAACUUGGCCACGGUUUCUUCCCACCAGCCCAGGCCCGGUGUUUCCAGGAGCCCACCCUCCCACUGCUCUCCCUCUUCAAGUCCACCCACCUCACCGAAAUCCGGGAGAGCCAGUCUGGCUAACGAUAUUACACUAGUGGGAGGAAAUCAGACAGGGAUCUUCGUCAGCGAUGUGAGAGCUGGCUCUCCAGCUGAACAAUGUGGGCUAAAGGAGGGCAGUGAGCUGUUGGAGCUGGAGCGGGUUCUGUUCGGGGGCGGGAGUGUGCUGCUGAGUCAGUGCACCGCUGAGGUGGCCCACUUUUCUCUGCAGUGGUGGACCGAGCCUUCGGCACUCAAACAUCGGAGCAACACAGACGGUUAUUCAAAGCUUUGUUCUGCACUCUCGUCCUCUACUUUCAUGGGAGCCGACUCCUUCUACGUGAGGGUCAAUCUCAACAUGGAGUCCCACGGUGAUCCGCCCUCGCUGCCCGUUUCCUGUGAUGAUAUCGUGCAUGUCACAGACACAAGACUCAAUGGAAAAUACCAGUGGCGAUGCUGUCUUGUAGACGGGAGCACAGCCAAACCUCUGCAGGAAGGAACCAUGCCCAACUACAACAGGGCACAACAGCUAUUACUUGUAAGGUUACAAAAGAUGGCUCUGGACCAAAAAGACUUCAGGAAGAAGUUUUUAAAGAAAACAUCUGACCGCGUGCGCUUGGUUAAGGCGGUGGAUCCUGGUUGCCGUGGUGUCGGAUCCACUCAGCAGGUCCUUUACACACUCGGCAAACGUAACGAGGAACAUCUAAUACCGUACAGUCUGGUGCACCCAGUGAAGGUCCCGACCAAGCGGCCCGUUAUCUUCUCCCCAUCUCUUCUCUCUCGUGGUCUGAUAGAGAGGCUGCUGCAGCCAGCUGAGUCUGGUUUGAAGUUCAACACCUGUCCACCAGAACCCAUUCAAGCAUCAGAGAGACAAGACAAAAAAAUCUUCUUUUUGGAUUCCAACACCACGGAUCAAACUCUGGGCAUACAACUGCAGUCGAUACAGGAUGUCAUGAGCCAGGACAGGCAUUGUUUACUAGAGCUGGGCCUGAACUCUGUUGAGGGCUUACUGAGACAGGGAAUUUACCCUAUCAUCGUCUACAUUCGCCCUAAAAACAAAAAGCACAAGAAGCUGAGGAAAUUUUUUACACGAUGUGGGGAGGACACUGUAAUGGAGGAGAUGUGCAAGGCGGAGGAGCUGCAGCUUGAGACGCUUCCUCUGCUUUACGACACUGUGGAGCCCAACGCCUGGAGCUGCACUGAGGAGCUGGUGGAAGCCAUAAGUAAUACCAUCCACAGCCAGCAGAGGGCGGUGGUCUGGGUUGAACUUGAUAGGCUGCAGUAGAAGAGAGGCACGGUAACGAUUUAUUCAUAAACACAAACAUAUCUUUGGAGCUGCCAACAUCUACCAAACCGCAGCAGAAUCUCUGCAGAGUGUAUGGAGGGGCGGAUUUAUAUGCAUGCAUGCAAAUGUGAAUUUUAUUAUUCUUUUUGUUAUACAAAUGUAUCAUGCUACAAUGGGAGAAGAGUUAAAUGAGCAUAAGAAUAAACUUAUUUGAGCCAUAUAAGGACAGUACAUGUCAUUUCAGAUUUACUUGUAGCAAAUUUUACAUCAUGCAUUUUUUUUUAUUAUUCAUUUUCAGAUAUUUUCUACAUUUAAGGUUUCGAUCAUUUAACUGUAUGUUUAGAGUUAUAUUUUUAGGGAUCACAAGGUAUCUUUUUUUAGUGGAUUCUGGAAAUUCACUAAAGUUGUGAAUAAAAAGAAAAGCUGAGGAGAAAAUGUUAAAUUCAUCCUAGAAUGAAAAAUAAAACUGUUAUUAUCCAGAUAUUUGUGGUCUGUGCUGUUAAAAACACUUCAGCAUAGAUUGUAUUUAAUAAGCAAACAACUGUGAUUUUUUUUUAUCACUUCAUUAUUGAAAAAGGUGAAUUUCUUGAUGU